CUAGAUUUUACAAAAAGAGGGUUGAGUCGUUGUUUAUUUCACUUUGCGAAACAACUCAAUAAAAUGUUUAUUUGCGUUUAUCAUGCUAUAAAUUUGUGAGAAAUAAUCAUUGGAUGUAAUUUGGAAUAGAAAAAGCGCUGCAAUGUGGGUUAAGCCGCAGGAAAUUUUCCUGAAAACUGCGCUGUGGGACAGCGACAAGACGACUCUGUAUUUCGUUUUGCAAAGGAGGAAAGGUCAUGGAAAAUCUAAGGGUUUGUCUUCGCUUUUAGUUGGAACUCUAGAUAGUGUUCGAGACACGAAACCGGCGCCUUUUAGGAUACUGCAUCAAACACCCAAUUCUGAGGUGUAUUAUGUAAUAUCUACGGCGCUGACGGAACAAGAGAUCCGACAAGAUUGGCAGUGGUUAAUAGACAAUGUGAGCCCAACACUGCACUCUUUUGACACAGAGGAAGAGGUUACAGAGUUUGUUUGUUGCAAAAUAAACUCCAUUAUAGCCACUGAGCAAGAAAACUUCACAGAAGAUGAAGAUACUAUUACCUACAAAAAUGUUGACUACGAAUUUCACCAAAGAUUCAAUAUGCCAAAGGAUGAGAAGUUGGUCUGCUACUACUCUUGUAGCUACUGGAAAGGCAAAAUGUUUCGUCAAGGUUGGAUGUACCUGUCAGUGCACUACAUGUGUUUCUAUUCAUUCAUCUUCGGACGUAAAACCUCCAUAAAGAUCCGGUGGGCUGACGUGACGGAGCUCACUAAGACAAACAGUCUUUUGUUUCCGGAUUCUAUUAAAGUUGUGACAAGAGAUGAUGAAUAUUACUUCACUCUGUUUCUAAGGAAGAAUGAGACAUUUGCUUUGAUGCAGCAGUUAGCUAAUAUUGCAAUGAAACAGUUAAUUGAUGAUAAGUCAGGCUCAUUCAAUAUUGACAAGGAUCUCUUGACAAAACUGAGCAAAAAUGUACCAAAGAAGCCAUCAUUCCUGAAAAGAGACUUGGAUGCGAGGAAGCAGUCGAAUUUGUACACUUUGAAGUUCCGUUUGCCCCAGAAUGAGAAGCUGGAUGGUACAGAAGAAUGUACACUUUGGACUCCGUACAAUAAAAGGCAUAACUGGGGCCGACUAUAUCUGUCGCAAAACUUCAUUUGUUUUGAUAGUCGGGUCCGUAACCUAGUCCGUCUGACCAUACCAUUGCGCAACGUGCACCAAGUGGAGCGGGCAGACGGCGCCGGCACGGGUAGCUCCGGCGAUUCUGGCAGCAUCCUCAUCACCACAGCGCACCACACCAGCUUCCUCUUCGGAAACAUCGCCGACAGGGACUUCCUUGUGCAUAAGAUAUCCGAACUUCUCGCCAAGUUGCCUAAUGUUUUGUUUAGGGAGAAGGCGACGAAGGCGGUGGCGCGGGCCGAGGACGGCGAAGGCACGCAGUGGUCGCCGCAGCCGCCGCUCAUGACGCUCUUCAAGACACACCAGACUUCGCCAAUCAAGCAGAUCCAGCAGAAGAAGGAGAAGCAAUGGGAGGACCACAUGCAAGAAGUGGGUCGUGGGAUCAGCAUGUACCAAACCACGGCCGGCAGUGAAUUAGUCAUCAACGGUAUACCCGAGUCCCUUCGCGGAGAGCUCUGGAGUGUAUUCUCAGGGUCUAUACUGCAGAAGGUCCAGAAUAAAGGACUCUAUGAGAAGCUGGUGAACGAAGCCUUGUCGUCCAAAAACCAGGCAAAUGAUGAGAUUGAAAGGGAUCUGCAUAGAUCGCUGCCUGAGCAUCCCGCGUUUCAGAAUGAUGUUGGUAUAUCAGCUCUAAGGCGAGUACUAUGCGCAUACGCUUUAAAGAACCCUACAAUUGGGUAUUGCCAAGCUAUGAACAUAGUCGCCUCCGUGUUGCUGAUCUACUGCCCUGAAGAACAAGCCUUCUGGCUGUUAGCUACCAUCUGUGAGACGUUGCUUCCUGACUAUUAUAAUACCAGGGUGGUCGGGGCUUUGGUAGACCAAGGAGUCCUAGAAGACCUAACAGCAGCACAUUUACCAGAGCUUCAAGCCAAGCUUGAUGAGCUGGGUAUGAUGAAGAUGAUCUCCCUAUCAUGGUUCCUGACCCUCUUCAUAUGCGUCAUGCCUUAUGAGUGUGCUGUCAAUGUGAUGGAUUGUUUCUUUUAUGACGGCGCUAAGGUUAUUUUUCAGGUGACGCUAACAAUUUUGGACAUAAACCGAGAUAAGCUGCUGAAGUGCACGGAAGACGGGCAAGCCAUGCAGGUGCUGAACGAGUACCUGGAAGGCAUAUACAAUGACGAGGCCAUGGCUCUGUCUACUGAACCGCGCACUGCUGACAGGACAAUAAAAAUCCAAGAGCUAAUCUACAAGUCGUAUACAACAUACGGGAGCGGUGUGUCGAGCGAGUGUAUAGAGCACUUGCGCUUGAAACAUCGUCUGCGUGUCGUGAGGCAGUUGGAAGAUAGUCUCGAGAGGAAUACGCUGCGGGCGUUGCAACAGGAUCGGUUGUUAGACGCUAAUGAACUACAGGAAUUACUAAGUGUAAUACGAGAGGAGUUGCUAUGGGCAAAGCGCGUUCCUUGCGAGCGACUAGAAGCGCCCUACGAAGCGUACAGACUAGACUACACGCAGUUCAAAACACUGUUCACUGCCUUGUCCCCCUGGGCUAAGGGUGAUUUUGCUGAAGCUAUCACUGCUAGGAUGUUCAAGUUAAUGGACAAAGAAGGCUCGGGCUACGUGAGUGCGCGCGGGCUGAGCGUGGCUUUAGGACUGACGACGCGCGCCGAAGCUUCGCGGCGACUACGCGCGUUGUACUGUGCGCACGCGCCGCCGCUGCUGUCCGAGCUAGACCUGCAGCCCACACACUUCACUGACACCGGCGAGGAGCUCGCUACAGAUGCCAUAUCCUUCUUUGACAGCAUCGAGAAUCCGUCAACGCCCGAGCCAGUGGACCCGGCUCUGAAGCGCUCCAUCAGCCAAGUCUGUGGAGAUGGCAACCACAUGGACAAGUCCACUGAUAGCGCCAAUAGCCAAUCAGGCUCAUCAGAGCCGUACUUAGCAGAGAGCGUGCGCGCCUGCGCCCUUGCGGGGCUGGCAGCGUCGGCGCCCUCCACCCCGGGCAGCUGCGGCGCCGCUCCCCCCGCCGCCCCGCCUCUGCCCCGGGCACACUUCUUACAGCUGCUGGCCGCCACACACGCCAUCACCAUGCACAGCGAGCCCGUGUACCAGGCCGUCGUCCGCGCAGGUACCCUGUUACUGCAACUGGGCGCGUUGACGCAGCGUCCCGAUCUCGACCGAGAGAUAUCACAGGACAGCCUGUAUCUCGCUGCUGCCGCCAAACAACUCGUUAUUGACGAGGUGGAUCCCAAUGGCAACCCUCAGCCGCCUUCAGAGCCAGUACAAAAUCCCCCGGAGCCGUCCCCUUCAAAGGAUAAGGAAGACCCUGAUGGAGUGUGGUCAAUAACCCUAGAGCAGUUCUUAGCCACCAUGCUCGCGGAGGAGGAACUAGAAGAGUUCUUCAACAAACAAGUGUCUCUCUUGCCAGCGUUAGAGGCUCUAAGACAGAGGGACAGGCUACACUCCAUGUCAUAGCCAGAAAUCACCUCAUUCGGAUUGUAAAUGUAUCUUUAAACAUGCAUUUAACAGAUGGGUAGAUCUUCGAACACCGGUGGUAAAUCUCAUUACCGUUAAUGCAAAAAUACAUAGAUUUACUACUACCAAAGUGGGACGCAAAGUUACUGUUAAUAUAGCGACGUUGACAGUACUUUACGACAUACAUAAGUUCUAACUACAUAUUUGUAAAAAAUAAAUUAAGAAUAUUUUUGCGUUCAUGGUAACGAUAUUGACUUCCGGUGUUCGAAGAUCUACCCGUGUAUGCUUGUUCUGUGUAAAGUUAUUUUUUUAUUUUAGGUCAUAAUCAAAUACCUUUAGUAUCUUAAAUCACGGUAUAUUUUGAAAAACGAUUUCGCUAGUAUCGCGAAACGUAUUUUCGAACGCAUGUUGUUCCGAUGCUUUGCGCACUACGAAAUUUUUUUUUGUUACCAUGAAGUUUGUUAAUUAUGGUUUUUACUGACAGUUGUGCUUAUAAUACAACUUUACUGUAUUAUGUUUAAGUAAGAGUGAUUUUCUGUUGUAGAAGUCAAUUUGUUGGCCAAGUGCUAAAACUUCCUAUUCGCAAAAUGCCAUUAUAUCUAUUCACGAAAUACACUAUUCGUAAAAUUCAAUAUUCAUUGGAUGAUACCCUAUUCGUGAAAUACCGUGUUCUAUAUAAGGUAUAUCUUUCAGGAGUAAGGUGUUUUGCGAAUAGGUCGUUUUACUAAACCACAAUUUUGAGCGUUUAUAUCGACGAACGUUUUUAUGCAAUAUAUACCAAUUAUUUCACUAUGUAAAAUAUUUAGGUAAUAUGUAAAUAACAAAACAUAUGUUAUGUAAAUUUAUGUUUUCUUUUUUCUAAUCAAUUUAUUGUUUUAGUACAUAAAUACUUGUUUUUGCAGGGCAAUAAAACCUUGUUUGUAUAAUAA